AUAAAAGAGUCCCCUUUCACUCUCUCUUGAGAAAAAAAAAUAAAAAAAUCGCUCAUAUUUUAGUUCAGAAGACGGUGGGGGGUUAAUGGUUAUGUAUUUAUUUGCUUUCCUAGCUAGCUCGCUUUCUUUGCUUCCGCCAUUUCCCUCUGCCGCCAUCCUCUCCAAAUCCUAGGGUUUUCCGAGGGCUCCGGAGGUCCCCUAGAGUUCUACAGAGCUGGAUUGGAUUUCGCUCCUCCGGAGAAUCUCCAUGCGCCGCUGGCCCUGCGGCUUCGUGGAUUAGCUCGCAAGCUCCGUCGGUCGGCUCUUGGAGGCGAGGGGGAGGGGGAGGAGAGAAUUCUUGGAUUCUUCUUGGGUUAGGGUUAGGGUUAGGGUUAGGAUUUCUCUUUUGGGGCGAUGCGGGAGGAGGCGAGGCUGGGGCAGGGGUGAGGCGGGGGGACGGGUUUGUUUAGAUGGCGUUGGGAGAUCUGAUGGCCGCCCGGUUCUCUCAGUCUUCGGCGUCGUUGUCGAACCACCUGGACGAGUUCUCCGGAAAUCGGGAGGACGGGGAUGCCGCCGGCCAGAGGAGGGAUUCCGAGGCCGCCGCUGCCGGGGCGGCGACCACCAGCAUGGCGUACCUGCCGCAGAUCGUGGUGCUCUGCGACUUCAGGCACGAGGGGUUCGAGGAUUGCAUGCCUUCAGGGCCGUCGGAGAGCGGGUUGGUGUCGAAGUGGCGGCCGAAGGAUCGGUGCAGAUGAAGACGGAAUAUGUGGCACUUGUUUUAUGUUUAAAUAUUGGUGUUGAUCCACCAGAUGUAAUAAAAAUCUCCCCUUGUGCGAGAAUGGAGUGCUGGAUAGAUCCUUCUUCUAUGGCUGCUCCAAAGGCUCUUGAGACAAUUGGAAAAGCCUUGCAUGCUCAAUAUGAACGAUGGCUACCUCGGGCUCGAUACAAACGUCAACUUGAUCCUACUGUGGAGGAAGUGAAGAAGCUUUGUACUACCUGCCGCAAAUAUGCUAGGUCAGAAAGAGUCUUAUUUCACUAUAAUGGACAUGGAGUACCAAAGCCUACACCUAAUGAUGGAAUUUGGGUUUUUAAUAAGAGUUAUACACAAUAUAUUCCAUUGCCUAUCAGCGACCUUGAUUCUUGGUUGAAAACACCAUCAAUAUAUGUUUUUGAUUGCUCAGCUGCAGGGAUGAUUGUCAAUGCUUUUAUGGAGCGCAUAGAGUGGAACUCUUCUGAUGCAUCUGCUUCAUCAAAGGACUGCAUUCUGCUUGCUGCCUGUGAAGCACAUGAGACUCUUCCUCAGAGUUCUGAAUUUCCUGCUGAUGUGUUCACAUCCUGUCUAACAACACCUAUUCAAAUGGCAUUACGUUGGUUUUGUUCUCGCUCGUUACUUCGUGAUUGGCUUGAUCACUCUCUCAUAGACCAGAUUCCUGGUCGCCAAAAUGAUCGAAAAACACUUCUGGGGGAACUGAACUGGAUUUUCACUGCUGUCACUGAUACAAUAGCAUGGAAUGUAUUACCUCAUGAUAUUUUCCAGCGGCUAUUUAGGCAAGACCUGCUAGUUGCUAGUCUCUUUCGGAAUUUCUUACUUGCUGAGCGAAUAAUGCGAGCUGCAAAUUGCUCUCCAAAUUCAUAUCCAUUGUUACCAUCGACUCAUCAGCAUCAUAUGUGGGAUGCAUGGGAUAUGGCGGCCGAGAUUUGUCUCUCUAAACUUCCACAAUUAAUUGCUAAUCCAAAUGCAGAGUUUCAGCCUAGCCCAUUUUUCACAGAACAAUUGACAGCUUUUGAAGUGUGGCUCGACCAUGGCUCUGAACACAAGAAGCCGCCUGAGCAGUUGCCUAUAGUUCUUCAGGUUUUGCUUAGCCAGUCUCAUCGAUUUCGUGCGCUGGUGCUUCUAGGAAGAUUCCUUGAUAUGGGACCUUGGGCUGUGGAUCUGGCCUUAUCUGUCGGGAUCUUUCCUUAUGUGCUCAAACUAUUACAAACAAAUGCAAUGGAAUUGCGCCAAAUUCUUGUUUUUAUAUGGACCAAGAUACUUUCUCUUGAUAAGUCUUGUCAGGUUGAUCUGGUGAAAGAUGGGGGCCAUGCAUAUUUCAUCAAAUUUCUUGACAGUAUGGAUGCUUACCCAGAACAGCGUGCCAUGGCUGCUUUUGUUUUAGCAGUUAUUGUGGAUGGACACAGGCGGGGACAGGAAGCAUGCAUUCAUGUAAACUUAAUACAUGUUUGCUUGAGACAUGUCCAACUAGCAAGUGCACCUGAUGCACAGACUGAGCCUUUACUUCUUCAGUGGCUUUGUCUCUGCUUGGGAAAACUCUGGGAAGAUUUUCCACAAGCACAGGUAGUAGGUCUUCAAGCAGAUGCACCUGCAAUGAUUGUACCUUUGUUGUCGGAGCCUCAACCUGAGGUUAGAGCUGCGGCUGUCUUUGCACUGGGCACUCUUCUUGAUGUUGGAUCUGUUCCAUGUGGAGAUGGUCAUGGAACUGAUGAGGAUUGUGAAGAAGAUGAAAAAAUCAAGGCUGAGCUAAAUAUUGUCAAAAACCUUCUACAAGUUGUUGGAGAUGGAAGCCCACUUGUCAGGGCGGAGGUUGCUGUAGCCCUUGCCUGCUUUGCCUUCAGCCACAACAAGCACCUGAAGUCAAUUGCUGCUGAAUACUGGAAGCCUCAAUCUAAUUAUCUAUUGAGCUCAUUGCCAUCUUUGGCUAAUAUUAAUUGUUCAAGUACUGGAUAUGCAAACCCAAACCAGUAUAUGCACUCAGGAAGUGCCCUUUCCUCCCAUAUUGGCCCGGUUCUGAGAUUUGGCAGUGACAGCAUAGCUACUGCUCGAGAUGGAAGGAUAUCCACAAGUAGCCCACUUGCAUCUGAAGGGAUAAUGCAUGGUUCUCCACAAUCAGACGAUUCUUCUCAGCAUUUCGAUUCUGGCAUACUUAUAAAAGAAAAUGCUACUAAUGGGGUCAUCAACUGUCCUAGGUCAAGGCCUCUUGAAAGUGCAAUGUAUUCACAGCUUAUUUUAGCUAUGUCUGCUAUGGCUAAAGAUCCAUCUCCUCAAAUUGCAAACCUUGGUCGAAGAACACUCUCUAUUAUUGGUAUUGAGCAAGUGGUUACAAGGACAUCAAGGUUUAGUGGAGGUAUAUACCAAGUUGAUUCGUCUGCGCCAUCUGCAUCUCCUAAUCUUGCUGGAUUGGCACGAUCAUCUUCAUGGUUUGACAUGAAUGCUGGCCAUUUGCCCAAGACAUUUAGAACACCUCCGGUUAGCCCCCCGCAGAACAAUUUCCUCACAGGUUUGCGACGUGUGUGCUCUCUAGAGUUCAGGCCUCACCAAUUAAAUUCUCUAGAAACUGGACUAGCUGAUCCAAUUUUAGGUUCUGCUGGAUCUUCUGGAGGUUCUGAACGCAGCUUACUUCCACAGUCAACUAUUUACAACUGGAGCUGUGGUCAUUUUUCAAGGCCACUUCUUACUGCUGCUGAUGACAAUGAGGAAAUGAUGGCUAGAAGUGAGGAAAGGGAAAGAAUUGCCCUGAAUCACAUAGCCAAGUGUCAGCAUUCUUCUAUGAGCAAAUUUUAUAAUCCAAUUGUUAGUUUGGAUGCAAAGUUUGCAACGGGUACAAAGGCCACAUUGCUGCUACCCUUUUCUCCUAUUGUAGUUGCUGCAGAUGAGAAUGAAUGUAUCAGGGUAUGGAACUACGAGGAAGGUACAACUUUGAACAGCUUCGAGAAUCAUGAUUUAUUCGACAGAGGAAUUUCUAGGCUCUGCCUUGUGAACGAACUUGAUGACAGCUUGCUCCUUGUUGCUUCAAGUGAUGGAAAUGUCCGUGUAUGGAAAGAUUAUACCCUAAAGGGCAAACAGAAACUUGUAACAGCAUUUUCUUCAGUUCAAGGCCAUAGACCUGGUGUUCGCAGUAUGAAUGCAGUUGUGGACUGGCAACAGCAGUCUGGCUACCUGUAUGCUUCUGGUGAAGCAUCAUCUAUUGUGCUUUGGGAUCUGGACAAAGAGCAACUUGUUAGCUGCAUUCCAUCAUCAUCAGACAGCAGCAUAUCGGCACUGUCUGCUUCUCAAGUUCAUGGGGGUCUGUUUGCAGCUGGUUUUGUGAACGGUUCUAUCAGGAUAUUUGAUAUUCGUACUCCUGAGAUGCCCAUUUAUACAGCAAGGCCACAUACUCAAGGAGUGGAAAGAGUUGUUGAGAUUGGCUUUCAGCCUGGUCUUGACCCAGACAAGAUUGUCAGUGCAUCUCAAGCAGGAGACAUUCAGUUUCUGGAUAUAAGAAAUCAGACUGAUGAGGCAUAUGUCACCAUUGACGCCCACCGGGGCUCUCUUACCGCCUUGGCCAUUCAUCGCCAUGCCCCAGUUAUCGCAAGUGGCUCGGCCAAGCCGAUUGUGAAAGUUUUCAGCCUAGAAGGGGAGCAGCUGAGCAUUAUCAGAUAUUCCUCGACUUUCAUGGCUCAGAGAACAAGGUCUGUUAGCUGCCUGACUUUUCAUCCCUACAGAGUACUCCUUGCAGCUGGUGCUGCUGAUGCCUGCGUAUCCAUCCAUGCAGAUGACAGCUACCAAGCAAGAUGACUUGCCAUCAGCGAGUUCCAUCAAGGGUGAGAAACAAAAAAAUGUCCACAUCUUACCCAAGGUCAAAUUCAAACUAGCAGGCUGCUCUCUCAUUGCAGCUAUGGGCAUUGCUACCUGUUGGGUGUAUACACCUCCGGCCUGCAUGUGAAACUUGUAUGUUACAAUAUUCAUUAGCCUCCCUGCAGAAGGUCUCAGCUAAUCACAUCUCGACUUGCCCUUGGAGGCUCUCAAAAAUAAUCUUGAUACCUAGGUAAAAGAUGUAAAUAUUUUCCUUAAUUUCAAUUUUCCCCCCUUCCGCCCGCUUGUUCAAUUUGUAAAAGUACCAGAUUCGUAUUAUAAAUUAAAUAUAUGGCUGGGCUCUUAUCAGGCAAGGGGUGUUGGUGUUAUGUUUCAAAAUCCUUGUCUUCCUAUUGCCCUAUCUCUCUGAUCUCUAA